AUGGCGCCGGCGGCUGGGAUGCUCCCCGCCGCCCUGGCCGCCUAUAAAGGCCUCCGAGCCGCCGCAGUGAACCCCCAUUUCGCCACCUCCCCCUUUCUCCUCUUCUCUGCAAGCUCCGCCCAAAACCCUAGGUCCGGCCAACCACCGUCGCCGCCGUUCUGCUCCACCCCGCGCCCUGCCGAGAAGCUCCCGAGCUCUGCCGCGACGCCCUCGACCUCCUCCGCCCGACGAGCGCAAGCGAGACGGGGCCGGAAUCGGCCGAAUCGGGCGACCUCUGCCGCGCGCGGCCACCGCCGCUCGCCGGCGUUGCCGGGCCCCCUCGCCUCGCCGUCGACACCGAAGCUCCGCGGUGAGCUUCGAGCAUCAUGGUGCCCUCCGUUCGCUCGCCCGCCUCCUGUAGCGCCCGGCCGACGUGUGCCCGCGAGUUACGCCGCCGGCCACCGCGGCCGUGGUCGCUCCGGCGACCAUUGGCGGGCGGCGCCCCCGCCAAAUGGUUCCACGCAUCGCCCUGCCUCUUUUCCCCCCUCGCGCGCCUCAAUUGUGGGCUCAAUCGCUCGAUUGGAGCUCGACCAGAGCUCCCAGUGA